UGAAACAUUGACCCAAAAUAAAAUAACCUAAAAGGUGCAAAGGUUAUGUUUAUAGUUUUAGUUUAAAUCCCUGAAAAAAUGGCUUUAAGGGCGAAACACUUGAUAAAAUUUGUCCCCAACGGUACCGUUGGCUCAAAUUACAUUUCAAAGUGCCUUUAUUCGUCGAAAACUACGCCGGAAAUCCCGAAAAACGUCUUAGAAUCAACAAUAUCCGCCCAAACGCAACAAGAAAACGGUGCGGUGUACGACAAAAAGCCGUUCAGAACCACCCUGGAGGCUGGAAAGAAGUACUCGUGGUGCCUGUGUGGCAGGAGUAAAACCCAACCGUUUUGUGACGGCACACAUAAACUCGCACAACUGAAAAUCACCCAAAAGCCUGUGAGGUUUGCCGUAGCUGAAACUAAGGAUUACUGGAUUUGUAACUGUAAACACACGGCGAACCGGCCGUUUUGCGAUGGAACGCAUAAGGGAAAAGCUAUACAAGAGGCGACAGCAAUUGUAAGACAGUGAUUUAAUUAAAUUUGUUGUAGAAGUUGUACUAAGUUAGGAUUUAUUCUGUUCUAUAAUACAUCAAAAUAUUGUUAAUAAAACGUUUACAAAAAUCA